AUGAGGCCUUUGAAGCUAGCAAUUGUUGGCGGAGGACCGUCUGCUUUCUAUGUUGCAGGGAGACUGCUGAAGCUGCAGUCUUCGCCUUCCGUUCGCGUCCAUUUAUUUGACCGCUUAUGGUCUCCGCAUGGCCUGGUGCGCUAUGGGGUAGCUCCAGACCAUCCAGAAGUCAAGAAUUGCACCCACAAGUUCGACGAGACAGCAGAGGAUCCGCGUUUCCGUUUCUUUGGAAAUGUGAACGUCGGGGACAGCGUCAGCCCUGUUCACAGCGCACUGAACCUUCCUCUAUCAUCGAUAUACAAGAACUACUCGCAUGUCGUGUUCGCAACCGGGUGCACUUUGCCGACGCUGCACUCUGCGCUACCGCCGUCCAGCCAUUCGAUCCCAGCGCUCUCCAUGGUACACUGGUAUACCCAGCAUCCAAACGCUCCAAAGACACCUCCACCACUCGACAAACUCACCCACGUCUCACUCAUUGGCAACGGAAACGUCUCUCUGGACGUAGCACGGAUGCUCCUGACGAACGUCGACGUCCUCAAGAAGUACGACGUCCCACAACACGUACUCGACGUUCUGGCAGAAUCACGCGUCGAACAUGUCUCUAUCUUUGGCCGACGCGGUCCAUUGGAGGCUGCAUUUACCAUGAAAGAACUUCGCGAACUUAUCAAUCUUCCAGAGGCGUCCAUGGUCCCAAUCGACACUUCGAUCCUACAAGCGCCUGAAGGAACGCCCCUUUCUCGGCAGCAAAGUCGGGUCCUACAGCUCCUUUCCAAGGGGUCCAAGAACCGAUUCGGGGAAACGAAGAAAACCUGGUCGUUAGACUUCUUCCGCUCACCCACAGGCCUCGAGAUCCACCCUAGCCAAAACGGAAGACCCCGAGCGACGCUCUCACUCGCCCACACGCAGGUCGACCCAUCCACCAAACGCGCGGUGGAAACAGGAGAGUCGAGUCAGGUCACAACCGACCUUGUAAUCAGCUCUCUUGGCUUCCACGGCGAGCCGACAGCGUCGUUCUAUGACCCCGGGCUCAGGCACCUGCGCACGCUUUCCAACCGCGUCGUCAACACCACCGGCCAGAUCCUCAAGAACGUGUACGCAAGUGGGUGGGCGGCCACCGGCGCCAAAGGCGUUCUAGCAUCGACCAUGAUGAACGCCUAUGACGUUGCCGAGACCAUACUCAACGACCAUCUCAACGAGGCCCCGCCCGAUGCCACAUACGAGACUGUACUCAACCCGAAGCCGGAUUUGGAAGCCAUCCCACCAGAGGUGAAAGAAGGAAUCGAGAAGAAGCAUGUGGUGCAGUACUCUGAUUGGAAGAAGGUGGAUGAAGAGGAGCAGCGGAGGGACAGCAUAGAAUUCAUCUUGAAUUUACCUGGAUUCCACUGCGCAGACCAACGUAUCAUCGCUGCGAAUUCAAUCUCUGCUCUCCAGCAUACCUCCCGGGCCGCAAGUCAUUCUGUCUUCGAUUCGACCUUCACCGCUCAGAAGUGGCACAGAUGA